AUGGAAAUAGUUGCAGAGCGACUAUUUAUGGCUUCUGGAGCCUCUGGAGGCCCUGAAACGGGGAGUUUGCGGAGGAAGACGAGCUCUCACAUUCGGGACGCCAGAAUCGCCGGACUGUACGAUUUGGAGCACACGAUCGGCCAGGGACAUUUCGCCGUCGUCAAGUUGGCCAAGCAUGUCUUCACGGGCGAGAAGGUCGGUUCCAUUGAUUUUUCUAGAUUUUUGUGAAUUUUUGGAGGUUAGUUUUAUUUUUUUUUUAAGCUCUGUUUCAACUCAAAGUGAUGUAGGAGCUCAGGAAAGGAAGCAUUAGUUUUUUGUUUGGUUCUUAAGUAUUAACAUUGGAAAUAAUAUAGGCGCAGGCUUGCAACAGUGAGUCAUUGUAGUCUUGCAGGUAGCCGUGAAGAUCAUCGACAAAACGAAAAUGGACGCCGAAUCGACGGCCAACAUCAUGAAGGAAGUGCGCUGUAUGAAGCUCGUCCAGCACGCCAAUAUCGUCCGUCUUUACGAGGUCUUUUUUUCUUUUUCUUGUUUUCAGAACGGUUUCUAACGGAUUAGUGAUUUUUUGUGAAUAUUUAUGAACUUGUCAGUGAAAAUUGAGCGGAUUCUCCAAUUUAUAACGAUAGAGAACCUCAAUCAAUCAAUCAAUCAAUAUUUAUUGGUUGUUUUAGUCAGAUGGUAUCGACUAGGCGGUGAAAAAAUUGCUCUUUUGAGCGGCACUAACACCGCCUUUGGCGAAAAAGAAGUCAAAACGUGUAGUCGAUUGAAUUGAAAGCAUGAUCUUACGGUCCUUCGCCUCGUUCUUCCACAAGUUGAUCCCUCAGUUUCGCUUGUACGGGCACGGCGGGGAUGGUAGGGCUCGGGCACGGACACCGUGUACACUCUAGGGUAGCCUCGGCCGACUGAGAGAGCUACCACUUCGAGUGAAGAAAAUACUCGUUUUUUUUUUCUUUUUUUUUCCAAUAUCGUUCGUCUUUAUGAGGCCUUUUUUGUUUAUGUUAUCAAUAUUUUGUGAAGUUUGAUAAACUGAUAAACAUUAUUCAACGAGUUAUGAGGCUUUUCUAAUCACCAGAGGUUUUUUAGACCUUUUUUGAUUGGACAUUCGAAAAAUCGGAAAAAGAUCCAUCGGAAAGUUCUCGGCGAUCUUUUUAAAAAAAUGGAAAAGUUUUGCUUGGAAAUAAGCUGAUAUUUCAUUCAUGCCAUCUCUAAAAAUUGAUUUAAAAGCCAUAAAGAAAAAAAUAGAACUCCCAACUUUUCUGAAAUCGUUCAACUCUCAGCAAAUUUUUCUCGUUUUUUAAUGUUUGCCAGUGAUAUUAAAGGAUCAUAGGUUUUAUUUUCAAAUAGUUUUUGGAACACUCUGCUUAAAAUGAUAAGAAAGAUUAGAGCAUGAUAGAUUUCGGGACCGAGAAACGAAGACGUAAAAAAUAAUAUGUUGAGGCAAUUUUUUCCAACAAAAAUUUGGUUGUCAUUUCAGGUUCUCGACACCCAGACCAAGCUUUUCUUGAUAUUGGAACUCGGUGAUUACGACCUUCACGAUUUCAUCGUCAAACAUGAGAAGGUUCGCCGAAUUUUCAUCCGUAUUUGAACUCCUUUGAGAAUUUCGCGCUUUUUUUUUGUAAAUUGUUAGUUUUUAUUUUGAAACAAACGGCCUGAAAAGCUCGAAAAAUAUCCGCAUAUGGUUUAUUUUAAAAAAGAGAAAAAUGUCCUAGACUUGAGAAAAAAAACUUUGUAUUUCUAAAAAGAAUACUUCAAGUUUUAUAGCCUGAUACAGUCAUUUAUGUCGUUUUCCAAGUGAUUUCAGAAAAUUUACCCUUUUUGAGCUUGAGUGUCGUUCGAAGUGCUUUUCAAUCAUUUUGCCCAUCAGAAACCCGAUUUCUCACGAUUCAGGGCGUUUCGGAGCCAAUCGCUCAGCAAUAUUUCUGCCAAAUAAUGAUCGCUAUCGAUUAUUGUCAUCGGUUACAUGUCGUUCAUCGAGAUUUGAAGGUUAUUAUUGUUUUUAAUGGUUUCAUGCGUAUUUCUACUUUUCAACUUUUGAGAUGUUUAAAAAGUGCCUUAAGAUUCGAUUUUUAUGGGUUUUUUUCAACAACGUUUAAUUGCUUAUUUUCUUGAAAUUAAUGUUUUACAUAAAUUUUUUUGAUUAUUCGGGCCUUGAAAUAUGAAAUAAUAGCUGAUUUACUAAUUUCCAGUUUGAUGGAUUUUUCGCUUCGAAAAAAGCCUUUAUCCAAUAAAUAUUGAAAAUUACUUUUUAGCCCGAGAACGUGGUGUUCUUCGAGAAGCUGGGCAUGGUGAAACUGACGGAUUUCGGCUUUUCGAACAGUUAUGAGCCCGGCGAGCAGCUGAGCACCUCCUGCGGCUCUUUGGCCUACUCGGCUCCAGAAAUCCUGCUCGGCGACUCCUAUGACGCGCCGGCUGUUGGUCGGUUUCCAUUUACUUUUUACAGUUCUUUAUAGCUACUUUUCAUUUAUUGAUUAUUUUCUUUUUGUAGUUCAGUUUUUUUUUUUCACGAAAAAGGCCCUCAAAAUUUUCCGGCGAAAGAUUUUUCGGCCAGCUAUUUUUGGCCUUUUCCUCAUCUUUUCUGGUUUUCCUCUCAUGUUUUUUUUUCGUACAAUUUUCUUCCUUGAUAUCUCGAAAAAGGCUAGAAACUAGCAGUUGAAAACAAAUGAGAAAAGAUCUUUUUCAUAGGGUUUUAAGAGGCUAAAAAAACAUUUUCUCAUGAAAAAAUAAGUUAGCUCACUAGUCAGUAAAAUUUAUCAAUUCAAAAAAAGGUAAAAAAAUUAUUUUUUUCUUAGUAUCAAAUAAUAUCAAUGAAUUCGAAUUGAUUCUUUUCAUACAAAAACGAUUUAGUAAAGCAUUAAUACAGGUAAAAUAUGAACGUUUCAAAAAGUAUCAAAAAAUACCUUGGACGCUUCGAAAAAGGAAAAUUAAAGCGAAAAUUUGAUAAAAACAGUCAAAUUCAAUAGUUGACCUUCAAUAUAACAAGAUUUUUUCGGCAUUUUUUUGCUCACUUGAAGGUUUUUUUCUCAGAGAGCUGAAUUUUUCAGACGUUUGGUCCCUCGGCGUCAUUCUUUUCAUGCUGGUUUGCGGAAGGUUGCCGUUUCAGGUUUUUUUUUUCUCAAUUUUGCUUCAAGCAACUGUUUUUCCCAUCAGAUUUGUUGUUUAUAAACUGAAUUUCUUUCUGAAAUUUUAAAACUUAAAAACUACAAUUUUAUUUUCCUAUUGAACUUUUCCAGGAAGCCAAUGAUUCUGAAACGUUGACGAAGAUCCUGGACUGCGUCUACACGAUACCCGAUCACUUGUCGGCACCAUUAAAAAGGUAGUUUUUCAUUGCCUUUACUCUUUUUUUCGUUUGUAGUUUUUCAAAUCAGCUCUUAGUUGUUUUUCUUAGUUUCGUUCCAAUUAAAAAGCUCGUGAUCGCAAAUGGAAUGGCUCAACGAGUACUUUUUGAAAUGCGCCAGACUGCGCAAUACUUUCGCAAGUUGGUAUCAACGUUAUUUAGAUUUGUGACCGUGACGUUUUGAGCCAUUCUAAAUGCGACCACAGCGUUUCAAGACAGAAUAUGGCCCUUGAACAGAUAAAAGACAAAAAGUUUCGGAAACUUUUUUUGAAUUUUGCCGAUGCGCCUUUAAAUUUGAAUGAAUUUGGGGGUUUUUUUUCCGUUUUUUUUCAUCACAUUAGUUAGCAUGGGAAAAACAAAUGUUUGAUGACCUUUUAAAGGCACAUGGGUCCAGCUUCAAGCGAGAAUUUGAAGCGCAAAUCUUGCCUUCAUUGAUAUUAGAGAAAAAAUAGUAUGUAAAGCAAAUUUUUAACAACUGCCUUUUGUACUCUUUGCUAUAUAAUUUUUCAACCUCUGUCAUUAAAUUUUGUUAACUUGUAGGCUAGUACAGUCUAUGUUGGUGCGGGAGCCAUCAAAGCGGGCCAAACUCGACGAAAUCGUCGAAAAUCCCUGGGUGAUUGCCGGCGAUCGAGGAUUGGCCACGGUUAGUUUCUUUACAUUCGAAAAUGAGAUGUUGGUAAAAUCUUUAUUUAGAAAAAAAAGAAACAAAGGAAAAAAAAUAAACCGUUUUGAGGAACGUUUCAAUAAAUAAAUGAACUGGGAUUCAGAAGAAAAGGAGAAAAAAGAAUUCUCCAAACCAGUAUGAAAUGGAAGAACAAUAA